AUGCCGUCCGUUGUUGACUUCGCUUCCAAUGCUGGAACGCCUUCCCUUGUUGGAAGUUUGAUGCAAACACCAAGAUCCGUUUCCAAACAUAUCAGCGGUCUGGGUGUUGGCAAAAAGCAUACUAAUUUAAUGACUCAGUCAUUCAAAGUCGGGCAUCAAAGAGUGAAUAUUGACGUGGAUUUGUCUACAAAUAGCAUAGAUGGAUUCACCGAGAUCUCAAUUGUACCUACAUCAAGUAAACUAAAGGUCAUAAAAUUUGAUUGCCGAGAAAUGGCCAUUAAAGAUGUACUAAUAAAUGGAAGCAAAUGUCUAAAUUAUGUGCAUGAUGACUAUUUAUACAUAAACAACCCACAGGAUUUUGAUUCAUGUAUUGAAGAGGGAAGGAUCAGUGUCACAGACUUGUACUCAAACGUAUUCAAUGUUCACCAGCAUCAUCUCAUUCGACAGAAAUUGGACUACAUUUUUGGCAAUCUGAAUCCUCAUGAUGCCUCUAAUAUCACCACAACCAUUACCACAAACACAACCACAACCACGGAAAGUGUCAGUACAAACACCCAAGAAUUAAAGAUUUUGCUACCCGAUAAUAUGAAGCUAGAACUAACAGACAUUAAUGCCAUACAGACUCCGGGUGGAACGAGUCGUCCAGGUACAACUACCCCCCUGCAUCUUAAAUCGAAGAGUACUGGAAAUGAUUACUACUAUACCCCUAUACAAAUCAAAAUAUCAUAUGAAUGCAAAAACCCAAAGAAUGGUGUGAAUUUUGUCACUAAUGAAGAUCUUGAUAAGAGCCUGUGGCAUGCUUAUACUAUGAAUUCUGACUACAAUGUAUCGACUUCAUCUUGGGUCCCAUGUGUUGACAGCUUGUCCGAGCGUUGUACAUGGUCGUUGGAAGUUAAUAUCCCUAGGACAAUUCGUGAUAUCGGUAACCCGCGAAUUAUUGGAACCAAGGAGGCAUUAAAGUAUGAACAGAAUCAACAAAGAGGAAGAAUUACAAAUGCCACGGGACAAUCUUGUGCUGUAGAUGAAGAUAAAACCGGUCUGUACCACUCUCUUCACGACAACGAAGAUGAUGAUGAGGUGGUAGUGGUGGAGGAUGAUGUUGAUGACGAUGGAGAAGUAGAUGAGGAAGAUCUUUCUAAUUCCGAUUUAGUUGUGGUAUCAGGAGAUUUCAAUAACGUGAAAGAAACACCGCAUCCUAUAGAUCAAUCAAAGAAAGUGGUAUCAUGGUCUAUUUUUAACCCAGUGUGUGCUCACCAUGUUGGAUGGGCGAUGGGAUGUUUUGAAAGUUUUGUAUUGUCUGAAAGCUCUAGUAGCUCAAAUGAAGAUGACGAUGAACGUGAUGACAAUGGUGUUGUUGAUGGAGCAAAUGCCGUUGAUGAAUCGGGUCAUAAUGCGGUCACUGUUUACGCACUAGCGGAGGACGUGGAAUGGGCAAAGAAUACUAGUAUUAUCUGUAACAAGACGCUUGAUUUUUUUCUGAAAGAGUAUGGUUCUUUUCCAUUCAGCUCGUACAGUAUGGUUUUUAUAAAGUAUUCUCCAUUCAUGAGCAGUGAUUUUGCUGGUCUUUCUAUUUUAUCAUCAAAGUUAUUGUAUCCUCCAGAUAUGAUUGAACCUAUGAUUACCUCAACAGAUAUAUUGUUGCGUAGCAUUGCUACACAAUGGGCAGGGAUCAAUAUUUCUCCACAAACUUUUAACGAUAUGUGGUGUACUGUUGGUAUUGCAGGCUUUAUGGCCAUUUCGUUCAUUAAAAAGUUGAUGGGUGCGAACGAGUUUCGGUACCGUAUCAGAAAACAAAUGGAUCAGGUGGUGAAGGAGGACUUUGGAAAGCACCCCAUAGCUGAUCAGUUUUUCAGGUACCCAGUGUCUAACCUGGACUUGUCCUUCAUUCAAUUGAAGUCCCCGAUUGUUUUAUUUAUACUUGAUAACAGGAUGACUAAAACAGACAAAUCGUUCGGGUUAUCACGAGUUUUGCCAAAGUUGUUUCUUCAAGCCAUGUCAGGAGAUUUGCCAAACGGUGCAUUAUCAACCGAGCACUUUCGCUAUGUGUGUGAGAAAGUGAACCGUAACAAAUUGGACAAUUUUUUUAAACAAUGGGUAUUUGGUUCUGGAGCACCUGUUUUUAGAAUUAGUCAGCGAUUCAACAAAAAGAAAGGUAUGAUUGAAAUGAAUAUUCGUCAGAUUCAGCAUCAUGAGAAUACAAAGAGAAAGUUGGAUAAGGACAAUUUUGUUGUGGACGCCAUUUCCUACUUGGAUGACGAAUCGGCACCACCAGUCCAACAAGUUUUUACAGGACCUAUGACCAUCCGAGUGCAUGAAUCUGAUGGGUCACCAUAUGAACACAUCGUUGAUUUAAAGGAGGCAAACACGAAAUUGGACAUUCAAUAUAACUCCAAAUUCAGAAAGAUCAAGAAAAAGGAUGAAGGUGUUGAUCCAGGUAUACCAUUUAACCAGUUUGGAGAUGUUUUGACGACUCCUUUUGAGAUGCAACAAUGGAAUUUGAAAGACUGGAAUAAAAGAGAUGAAGAAUCAUUGAGCAGUGAGCCUUUUGAAUGGAUAAGAGGUGAUGUUGAUCUUGAAUGGAUAGCGCGAAUAGAUAUCAAGCAGCCAGAUUUCAUGUUUGGUUCACAAUUGAUUUAUGAUCGAGAUAUUGAAGCUCAGCUCGAAGCUGUGAGGUAUUUCGGUGAAUUGGAGAAAACUAAUAUAGUUUAUUGCACCACAUUGGUUAGAACUUUGAUGGAUGAACGAUAUUUCUACGGUGUUAGAAUCGCUGCUGCCCAGGCUUUGGCUGGUUGUUCUAACGAAGGAAAUAACUUUAUUGGUACUGACUAUCUACUUCAAGCUUUUAGGAGCUUAUACUGCUUCCCUGGUAGCAUUAUUCCUCGUUCUAAUGAUUUCAGCGAUUUCAGAUCGUUUAUGUUGCAAAAAUCGUUUCCCAAAAUACUAAGCAGUGUCAAAGAUAAUGACGGUAAAGUACCAGACAGAAUUCGUGAGCUAUUGCUUAACUUGGUUAAAUUUAACGAUAACUCGAUGAAUGGAUUCAAUGAUAGUCAUUAUGUCUGUACGAUUUUGUCGGCUUUGACUGAAAGUGCUGUCAGUGGGUGGAGAAAGGAUUUACAGCAAUCGAAUGAUGCUCGAUUUGUGGAAAAAGUGGUCACAGAGUUGGAUAGACUACAAAAGUUGGAUCAUUGGAUGCCAUCAUAUCAGAGUUCUGUGGAAAUUGCAUGUGUAAAGCAGAAAAUUAGAAUGGCCCUUGUUGGAGCAAUCACAGUAUCAUUUGAGGAUCUUUUGCACAUGACUUUGGAUAAAUAUCCUAUGGAAGCACGCGUAGAGGCAUUUAAAGGCUUGCUCGAGAUUGGUGGAUUGAAGAAUAAAAGUGUCUUGGACUAUUUUCUUAAAGUUUGCUUGUUAAACUUCAGUCGACCUUUAUAUAGAAUGGAGCUAAUUGGAGCCUUGAUGCAAUCCAUUUGUGCUGUUGCUGUGUUUGGUAGCAUGUCGACAUUGGAUGAUCCUGAGUUUAAAACGAAGGUAGAAGCUAGCACUUCAAGUUCUGCAGCAAGAAUAAUCAUUGAUGAAGGUUCUACUAGUAACACAGGUAUGCAAUCCAAACAUGAUGAUUUUGCACGUGCUAGUAUCAAGGGUGCUGUCGAAAUCCUUAGGCGUGACUUCUCCGGUGGUAAGGGUUUGCAAAACUUGAUGUGGCAAUUUUUGCAUACCUCAUUAAUAGGGUUACAUGAAAGAAGAACAGUUUUGUUAAUUUGCCAGAUCUUAUACAAGGAAAUUGACUCUCACAUAGUUAGUGUCCCUGUUCCAUGCUUACCUGUGCAUGAAUAUAUUAAAAAGAAAAUUGUUGCCAAAGCUACUGGUCAAGCUGGUCAUAUAGUCAUUAAACGCGAAGGAAGAUUCAAAAUCCAAUUGGCUAGCAGAAAGUCGAUUUCAUUGAAGACCAAAUCUGAACCUGCUCAUAAGCCUUUAAAACUUUCAUUGAAACCUAAGGCAAAACUUACUGCACUGGUAUCGAAACCCUCUGGCUUGGUAACAAUUGAUCCAAAUUCUGCCAAUAAGAUCACAUUCAAAUUACCAAGCAAGAAAUUGGCUGAUAUUAAACCAAAGGUAGAGGUUCGUGGAACGGUUGUAACAAUUAAUUACAGAAAGAAGAAGCGGUCUAUUUCCGAUGCUCGUCUUGUGCAUAGGUAUGUCAAAAUCGACACGAAAAGAAGGAAGAUUGAAAUUUCAGCUGAACCGUUUGCGAUGGAAGGAAGACGAAGUACUGUCAUUCAAGACUCCAAGGUUCAAGAUAUCAAGGUUCAAGACUCUAAAAUUAAAGAUAUCAAGAUUCAAGACUCCAAGGUUCAGGGACUCCAAGGUUCAGGACUCCAAGGUUCAGGACUCUAA